CGACGCCGAGCGUAGUGACGUCUGCCAUCCGCCGCCUGUUGGUCUUUCACAGUUGGUGACGAGUAUUAUGAAAAUGGCCUCGACCCUGCCCGAGAGCACGGAGAGCCGGAGAAGAUGACGGUGUUGAGCUCCUUAAGUCGGUCCAACACCAAAGUGUCUUCUUGGAACACGUAGAGAACCGUGAAGGAACCGAGAACAGAGAGACUGUCGGCGGAGAAACCACUAAAAAAAACAACAAAAAAAACACCGCCGACCACCGCAUAUUUUCGUCGGUGCUGGCUGAGGAGCCACCAUGGAGGAUAUCAACUCAAAUAUCAACGCGGACCUGGAGGUGCGGAAGCUCCAGGACUUGGUGAAGAAACUCGAGCAGCAGAACGAGCAGCUCCGGAGCCGGUCUACGAUGUUGUCCUCGUCCGGAGCGAUGUCAGGGAACCACAGACCGCUUAGCGACGGCUACGACUCGUCGUCCCUGUCAGCGGGGAUGGCAGCCGGUCUGGCCGGCUUCCCUGGGGUGGGGUUCGUCGGUACGGUAGGCUACGGUGGGCUUCUGCCCACCAACAACCGCUGUCUGAGCCCCAGACUGUCCUACGACGGUAUCAGCUUUGGAAGGGCGUAUGAAUACGAGGGGGCAUCGGCUGCUCCCUCCGUGUCGAGUAUGAACUCACUUUAUUCAGACACCACCGGGGGGUUCACGGAUGAAGGGGAAACGUCAAUCCUGGACGAAGUGGAGAUCUUAGACCUGGAAGACAUGGAUUGUCUACAUGAAGACGAGGACAGCUGGCUGUAUGAGGCCAAACUGAACAGUCCCCUGCAGAAAACCUUGAGUCCUAUUGUGUGGUGCCGCCAAGCUCUUGACAACCCCAGUCCUGAGAUGGAAUCAGCGAAGCGCUCGCUCAUCCACAGACUGGACCUCACCCUGUCAGCCAACAAGCGCAGGAGCCUGUAUGGAAGCCCGUACAACCAGCAGAGUUAUGGAAGUCCGUAUAGCACAAACGCAGCCAACAGCCCUUACAGCAGUGGCUUCAACUCCCCCUCCUCAACCCCCAGCAGAGUGCCCAUCGUCAGACAGCAACUAAUGCCCGGGAACGCAGUGCACCAGCGAAACGCGGCAGCGGAGAGGAAUCCACCGGCGGUGAGCCCGCAGUCGUCAGUGGACAGCGAGCUGAGCACCUCGGAGAUGGAUGAGGACUCAGUGGGCUCCUCGACUACCUACAAACUCAAUGAUGUCACUGAUGUCCAGAUACUGGCACGCAUGCAGGAAGAGAGUUUGAGACAAGACUACGCCGCGACAGCAUCCAGACGGAGCUCCGGUUCGUCCUGCCACUCGUUGAGGCGCAGCACGUUCAGCGACCAGGAGUUAGACGCACACAGUCUGGAGGACGACGAGGAGGCGGUGCACCCGGCCUUCCACCUGCCCUCCAACCGCUUCAGCCCGUCCCCUCGUCACUCUCCCCGCGCCUCCCCCAGGAACUCUCCCCGCUCUCGCUCCCCUGCGCGCUCUAUCGACUACAGCCACAGCCGGGGCUCGCCUCAGCCCAUCAUCAGCCGCCUGCAGCAGCCUCGCCACUCGCUGCAGGGCCACGGGCAUGACCUGCAGACCAACGUGGUUAAGAAUGAAGAAAAGCUGCGUCGCAGUCUUCCCAACCUUACUCGCUCCUCCGCAGCGAUGGCCCAAGGCCCGGAGCCCGUCAAGAACAGCCGCAGCUGUGAGUCCAACCUGCAAGUGCCAAACGGCGGCUCUCCUCGACACCAGAAUCAGUCUGCUACAGCAGCUCAGCUCCCGAGAUACUCGACCCCUUCUCGCUCCUCCCCGAAACCCAAACAGCACCUCCAGAGCCCAACUGCCCUGCGAGUCCCACUCUCCUGUUGCUUUGGAGAAGAAGGUGAUUUCAUACCCUCUCCCAGUAAGCUGCGAACUCCAGCCACCCCAUCCCCGCUGGCUUUGAGGCAGCCGGUAAAGGCCACAUCCAACCCCGGCUCUGCCACUUCCACCCCCACCCGCUCCCUGGCGACUCCACGCAGCGGCCUGCCGCGCCCCAGUGCUUCUUCUGCAGGAGGGGGGAUCCCUCUGCCUCGCAGCAAACUGGCCCAACCUGUGCGCAGAUCUCUUCCUGCUCCUCGGUCCUACAGCGGCACCGGUGAGAACUGGAGAGAAGGUUGUUACUGAAACGGGCCAGCAGAGGGCUCUCCAGUCAAACGAUCAACACGAGGAGGCAGACAUUACAACACGGCACUUUAUCUACCUAGAUACCUUUUACAGUGAAGAGAAAGAGAGAGACUAUGUCCAAAAAAAAAUAUAUAGAAUUCAGAUUUAAAACAUAAAAGGAGAGGACAGUGCCCAUAUCAUGUCAAAGAAGGCCUCCCAUCGUGUUUCUCUGUGAGGUCCAGCUCUGGAGCGGGGUCAGGCAUGUAGUGCAGACAGUCAAUGCCAAAGAAACCAGCCCAACUCCAGCUUUGCCAGCAGAGGACACAUCACCUGCCUUGGUUUGUCUGCAAUCAUCUGUCAGACAGUUCAUAUCACUUCAUCGCUCAGCUUUCCUCCCCUGUUCUUUUCUUCUUUUCCCCCCCCGCCUCCCUCAGGUUGAAAUGUUUCCACACAUUUCUCUCUUUAUGCUCUGUGUUUAACAGAAGUAGGUGAGCGAUCUCUAUGAUGAUGCUGUGCAGGUGAAAAAUGUCUCGUAAACGUUCAGAGAAUUCGCGGAUGUCUUGCAACAGUGAAAGCACCUCUUGUGUGUGUCAUGACCUUUUUUUUUUUUUAAAGAAUCUUUCCUCAUGUAAAUCAGCCAGAAUGUAUGCACAAGUUUGUUUUGGAAAUUAUUUAUUCAAAUUAUUUAAGAAAUGUAUGUCCAAACAUCCAUAUCAGUAUUUUUGUUUUAAAGAUUUCAAUUGUUAAAAAUGUACAUUUUGAACCUCAACUGCAAGCUAACUCUCCAAAGCCUUUUAUUUUAAGUGUCAAAUCGGGACUUGGUGACUGAUGACACCUCGGCCAAAGCCUUCUGAUUUGUAACACAAUUAGCCAAGAUUAUACAUUUCCAUUUAAGUGCUAAGAUUAUAAAGAACAGGUUGACUUUAGGUUUGAGUUAUAUCUGAUUCUUUGAAAGAAACCUGAACAUAUUUUGCCCCCUUUCAGCCAAUGAAACGAAGGAAACUUUAAAGUGCUUCAGUAAAUUCAGAUUCCUGUCAGUGUAUAUCAUUCAUGCCAUGAAAAAAAAAUAAAUGGAAGAACGUCUCGAACAAAGAAGACAAGAGGAAUAUGUUUUGCUGGCUUUUACCUCUUGUGCCAGUGUUAGGGAAGCUGUUCUGGUAAUCGGUGUGGUGGCUGUUAUGAAACUAGUGCCUAUAAUUUAAAGUUUCACUUGAGUUUGAACGUCAUGUUUCGUUUGUCCGUUUAUCAUUUUGUGCCAAUCUCUGGUUUAGCCAUUAUUAUUUGCAGUUUCUGCAUCUCUGCUUGGUUGAUUUGCUUUGCCUGUUUGUUUGUUUUUGUAACUGAAUCAAUACAUUUAUAAUUGCUUUAAAAAAAAAAUGUUUUAAAUGCGCCUUCAUAUUUAUAACUAAUUACUCAUUCUGUAAAUGAAACUAUUUAUUAAAGAGAGAGGUGCCUCUGUUGAAGCUCAGAUUCAGUGGGAAGCUACAA